AUAGCUCAUGACGUGAUAAAAAUGGGGCGGGGACAUCGAUAAUAACUCCGAUUCCUACAAGAUUGCUCUUCAAUCAUUCUGGUCUUCUACUUUCUAAUUUUGUUCACCUCUACUUGUAAUAUUCCAAACAAAAGCCAGCUUUCAUUCUGAUCUGAAUAGGAAUGGAGAAUCAUGAGGAAUCCGAUCCUUUCUUGAGUAAAGGCACCGAUGAAAAGACCGCGAAAAAGCUCGGCUCCAACGCCGGCGAGUCUCCGGCGAUCACUGGUCAGACUAUUUACGGCUGGACUGUUAAUGGAUUGCCUGCGUUAGGUCAAGUCAGUGUGGUUGGAGAGCCGGUGGAGAGAGCUCAUUGGGAUUCGAGCCUCUGUGCUUGUCUCGGUCGUAACGAUGAUUUCUGCAGCAGCGAUCUUGAAGUUUGUAUCCUUGGAAGUGUGGCUCCGUGUGUACUUUUCGGAAGCAAUGUUGAAAGACUUGGAUCUUCUCCUGGAACUUUCACAAACCACUGUUUGCCAUACUCUUUUCUCUACUUACUUGGUAAGUCUCUAUUUGGUGGCAACUGUCUUGCGCCCUGCUUUUCAUAUCCUACCCGUUCAGCAAUCCGGCGAAAGUUCAACCUAGAGGGUAGCUGUGAGGCGCUUAGCCGAUCAUGCGGGUGUUGUGGAGGUCUCAUCGAGGAUGAGGUACAGCGAGAGCAGUGUGAAUCAGCAUGUGAUUUCGCAACCCAUGUUUUCUGCCAUCCAUGUGCAAUAUGUCAGGAGGGUCGUGAACUUCGUCGCAGGCUUCCUCAUCCAGGGUUUAAUGGCCAGCCGGUGUUGGUUAUGAUACCGCCAGCAGAGCAAAGUAUGGGUCGUAGUGGAGUAUGAGAUACUCUUACAACCGGACACACACAGGCACAUUUUUUGUGCCAUCUUUCUGUAUUAUCAACAAUUAAGUAAUAUGUUAUUGCUUUGCUGAAUGCUUAGCAAAUUUGCAGCAUAUAACUUUUCUGUAUUCCAACUCUUACAUGUGUUUUAAAGUUUGUGUAUACUUAAAUAAGCUACCUUCAAGGUGAUUUGAACA